CCCAGAGGCCCCUGCUCGACUCGUGGCCUGCCUCCGUUCCCUGCAGCUGAAGCAGACAUGGACGUGACCAUCCAGCACCCCUGGUUCAAGCGUGCGCUGGGACCCUUCUACCCCAGCCGGCUGUUCGACCAGUUCUUCGGUGAGGGCCUCUUUGAGUACGACCUGCUGCCCUUCCUGUCCUCCACCAUCAGCCCCUACUACCGCCAGUCUCUCUUCCGCACCGUGCUGGACUCCGGCAUCUCUGAGCUCAUGACCCAUAUGUGGUUUGUAAUGCACCAACCACAUGCUGGAAACCCCAAGAACAACCCUGCCAAGGUCCGAUCUGACCGGGACAAGUUCGUCAUCUUCCUGGACGUGAAGCACUUCUCCCCCGAGGACCUCACCGUGAAGGUGCAGGAGGACUUCGUGGAGAUCCACGGCAAACACAACGAGCGGCAGGAUGACCACGGCUACAUCUCUCGCGAGUUCCACCGCCGCUACCGCCUGCCCUCCAACGUGGACCAGUCGGCGCUCUCCUGCUCCCUGUCCGCGGACGGCAUGCUGACCUUUUCCGGCCCCAAGGUGCAGUCCGGCCUGGACGCUGGCCACAGCGAGCGGGCCAUCCCCGUGUCGCGGGAGGAGAAGCCCAGCUCGGCGCCCUCGUCCUAAGCCGGCCCCGCCCCGGCUGCCCCUGCGGCCCCGCCCCGCCCCGCCCCGCCCGGGACCACAGGGAAGGCGUCCGCCCGCCUUUCUUCCCCUUCUCUGUUUCCUUUUCACCUUCUCAGAGGGAAUGAGGGUUUGAGAGAGUGGCCCGGAGGCUUCGGGGCCUUGUCCUGCGGUGCCACAACCUUAGGGGGCUCCAGGCCCAGCACCAGCCAGGAGGCAACAGCGACUGCCCCACGCAGUUCUCCAGCUGGGGCCUGGUCCCCCCCGGGGGUGGGCAGGAGCAGGGGUGCUCGCCCCAAGCAGAGCCCUUGCCAGCCAUCUGGGGGGGGGUCUCGGGUUCUAGCAGCCCCUCUGCAGGUCCUGACGGUGCCGCCCCAGGGGCCGCAAGGUCUGGGGCGCCGGGGCUUCCGGCCUGCUCCCUCACUCUGUCUUCCCGCACCCUUCCUCUAUGUAGUACCGCUCGGGGUCUCUGGUCCCAGGAGAACGCAGCCAUGGCAGCCAAUAAAGAGCAGGUGGCACAAGCAA